UAACACGCGUCGCUGUGAUGUAAUCGCUCAGAACUGGACAUUUUGUUUAGACCGUGCUUUGAACCCGGCGGGAUAGUUCCCCUCUAUCUGCAAGACUAGACGAAGCUGGUCUUUUUAUUAAUAGCGAGGGGUCCCCAGACGGAACGAUGGGCAUGCGAAGCAGGAUCUUGAACUCCACCACCCCGUGGACCACCAUGCAGCUGAAGGGGCAGCUGAAGGGGCAGCUGGAGGGGCAGAAAGGCCACCUGGAGGGGCAGUCCAGCCUGCAGGGGCAGAGGGGCAACAAGGAGAAGAGCGGGGGGGAGGACGGCCCGGCGUGCCGCGAGAUCCCGCCGGAGCUGAGGAAGGUGCUGACGCAGGGCACGGCGGAGGCCAUGGCGUCCAGGCCGCUGGGCACCGAGAAGCUGUGCCCGUUUAUCGCCCAGGCCGAGUGUGACGAGCAGCAAGAAUUCAGCCCCUCCUGUUCACAGCGCCCCUUCAUCGGCUCCCCCAACUGCCUCAUCAGGGCCUCCACGGAGAACAAUGUGGCCUGGGGGGUUGCCUGCAAGGAGCCCAAGCGCCCCCCCUCCUCCAGCAGCCGCAGGAAGAGACAGCGCCAGAGAAAGCAGAGGGAGAGAGAGGGGGAGGGGGAGAGGGGCAGAGAGACGGCUCUCUCUGGGGUCCCAGAGCAGGAGAGCAGCGGCUCCCCCUGGCUGUUUCACGCACAGGAUGAGGCGCCAGAGUUCACCAGCGGAUGCAGCAGGUACAGCAGCACCCAGAGCCAGGGGGUGCAGGAGACCGAGCGGCCCAGAUGGGAGAGGACAGGGUCCCCCCUUACCUGCGACCCCCGACCCCGGUUCUCCCCCGGUUUUGCCGCCGUGCCCAAAAUGUCCCUGUACAGCCAGGAGUGCGCAUCAGAGCGCCACCUGAGCAGCCAGGACCACUGGAGGCUCGCCCGGUUCGGCCUCCGCGCCAACGUCUGCCAGGAAGACCCGGUCUUCGUCACGUCCUUCUUCAAAGAGGUGGAGAAGGAGGCGAGGCAGGAGGAGGAGGAGGGGGAGGAGGGACGGCCGGGGCACUCCGACACCAACGAGGGGCUCCUCUUCCACCCCGAGGAGAAACUCCAGCCCAAUGAUUACGAGUACAGGGAGGGGCGGGAUUACUCCCUCCUCCACCACAUCCAGAACGGCUCCUACGGGGACGUGUACAGUGUUCAGGACAACAGGACAGGCUUCAAGUGCGCUGCCAAAAAGAUACCGCUGAAGCUGUUCCGGAGCGAGGAGGUCGGCUCGUGGAGCGCCCAGGGCUCCCCGCGCGUCCUGGAGCUCUACGGAGCGGUCCGGGAGGGGCCCUGGGUCACUCUGUUCAUGGCCCUCAAGUCAGGUUCCGUGGGGCAGCUCAUACGGGAGCGAGGGCGCCUCCCGGAGGACCUCGCCCUGCACUACCACGCGCUGGUCUUACAGGCCCUGGAGCACCUGCACAGGAAAGGUGUCCUGCACCUGGAUGUAAAAGCGGACAACGUGUUACUGUCCGGAGAUGGGAAGGAAACGUAUCUGACUGACUUCGGACACUCCGAGAGACUGGACCGGAAUGGGUGGAGCAACAAAGCCAAUUCAGGAGAAGGGUUCCCGGGCACAGAGACCCACAUGGCCCCUGAGGUGGUGAAAGGGGAACCCCGUAGUGCCAAAGCAGAUGUGUGGAGCAGCUGCUGCAUGUUACUGCACAUGAUGACUGGCUGCCACCCCUGGACCCGCUACUACCAAAGCCCAUUGUGCCUCAAGAUUGCACACGAGGAUCCCCCGCUUAGAGAAAUCCCAUCCAGCUGCAACUCUUGCACUGCUGAUGUCCUCAAGGCGGGGCUCCAAAAAGAUCCAAUCAGAAGAGCUUCUGCCACAGAACUGAAGGAGAAGACCACUACAGCCCUGAUGGCAGUGGGAGGGCUCACCAGUCCAGUGAAGGGAGCCUAUCAGGAGCCAGCAAAGGCUGAGCCAAUGGAAACCAGCCACAAGUGCUCUGGGCCCCUCCCUUCUCUCCCAGCCCCUCCCAGCCCCACCUCUCCCAGAAAGAGAAACUUUGAGCUGGGGAGGCAGUGCAGAAGCUCCUGGAGGGGGCACUCCAAGAACAAGGAUGAGACGGAGGAGAGCAGCGAUGCCGAUUGGCUCUCCUCGUCUCCCAGACCACGCCCCUUGCUCCACCCCCACAGCUCCAGGCAACCGAAAGGGGAGUGGCCAGAUGUCUCAACGUUAGCCUGGGAGCUGGAGAAAGAGUUCUACCUGAGCAGCCUCUCGCAGCCACACUCCCUGGAGCUGCAGGAGCAGCUGCUGUCCUGUCUGAGCAGCGGCUGCCAUCGUCAGAGAGACGCUCUGGACAAAGACUCGGGGCACUGGUCUGUGUGCCACAGCGGAGAGCUCAGCUCGGGGGUCUACUCCGGCGGCAGCCUGCUGGACGGGCACAGUUUUGGGGUGGACUGGCGCGGCUCCGCCAACCCGUCCCCACCCUGCUCGUUUGAAGGCGUGGACGUGUGGAUCCAGGACUUCACCGGGCAGUGCCUGCAAAUCCGGGAGAGCCCUGGGGUGACGGUGGGGUACAUCGCCAUGGGGAUCAGCGAUCAGAUUUCGGAGAGGGCCUUCUGCUUGGAGACGCGGGACGGCCGCCCGGUGUGCCCUGAGGAGGAGGUCCUGGAUUCGGGGCUGUGGCUCCGGUGCACCCCCACCCCCGACGCCGGCCGCGCCUGGAGGUGGAGGGUCAGGGAGGGCGUUCUGGAGACGAGGGCGUGAGCAGCCCGCCCCUCCGUCCUUCUGCCCGUCCGUUCUGCUGACAGUCCCCCCCC